UUCACACUGGUACCCGUCGGUCAACCGAGGCUAGCGCAGCAUCACCGCCGUCCUCCUGCUGUCCCCUCUUCUGUCUUUUCUGUCCCUCUGGUCAUCGAUUCCCGUCGCUUCCGGGACACCAGCGCACCUUCCCCUUCUUUUCUUUCUCACCCGGUUUCCUUCCUCGACCAGGGAGCGUUUUUCGGUGGCCGCUCCAACCGUCUUGCCGCAUCAGCCGGGCGAGAAAAACAUCCACGACGAGGAGGAGGCGGAGGAGGAGGAGGAGGAGGAGGAGGCGGCAGGGUGCGAGCACAGCGACGCCCAUUUUGACACCUCCCGUAGCACCGCCGUCUCCGCGGAAGACGCUCGGGCAUCUCUUUCUAUGUCCGCUCGUUUGCGUCCAAGGGGCCGUUUGCUCGCCUGUAGCCGGAGCCGUCGGUUCCCACCGCGUCUUUGACGUCCUCGUGGCGGGCGGAUAUCAACACGGAGCCGGGGAGCUCCGCGCGCUGCAGACGCCUUAAGGUCCCACGUCUUCCUGCGGUUGUUCUCCGGCGUCCCUCGCCUCCCCGUCUGAGGCGCCCACAAUCCGAACUCGCUCCUCAUUCUCUUUCGGUCUCCCGCCAUCGUGUCCAGCUGUGGCCCUCGCAGGGCGCGCUCGCUGGCUCUCACCUGACAGGUCCCUGGCCUCAGGACGACAGCCAGCACCUGCAAUCUCCCUUCAUGAGGGACAAAGCGACGCAGACCCCCAGGGCCUGGGCAGAUGAGAGGAGGAGGGGCUCUCACAAGCGGUCGGCCUCCUGUGGGAGCACCGACCAGCUGAAGGAGAUUGCCAAGUUGCGUCAGCAGCUCCAGCGCAGCAAACGCAGCAGCCGCCAUCGGAGGGAGAAGGACCGCAAGUCCCCUUUCAAUGGCAGCCACACCAUCAUCCAGUCGCAGUCCCCGAUGCCAAAGACCAUCCUGGUCCCAAUCCCCAUCUCCAAGUCGUCGGCCCCUCGCUUCCGCAACAGCGUGGAGGGCCUCAACCAGGAGAUCGAACGCAUCAUCAUCCGCGACACGCCCGAGAAGGAUGAGACCAUCGUGCCACAGGACGUCCCAGAUGGGCACCGUGCGCCCCCGCCAGUCCCCUCGCGUCGAAGCAGCAGCACGCGCAGCAUCGACACCCAGACCCCGUCCGGGUGCGGACUGAGUGGUAACCAUAGCAACUGCAGUAGCCGCCCCGACUCCAUCUCACCCUCCUACCUCACUGUCCUCAAUGACACGGUUGGAGGCAGCCCCUAUGAGGACAAAGAGCUGGGCCCCUGCUCCCCGCUGCCCAAGUACGCCGCCUCUCCCAGACCCAACAACAGCUACAUGUUCAAGAGGGAACCUCCAGAGGGCUGCGAGAAGGUCAGAGUGUCCGAGGAGACCAUGCCCAAAGCCCUGCAGGACCUCCCGCCCUUCCUGUGUCCCGACCGCAACAAGGUCAACUUCAUCCCCAACAGCGGCUCCGCCUUCUGCCUCGUCAGCAUCCUCAAGCCAUUGCUGCCCGCCCCGGACCUGAGCUUCCGCUCCGCAGUGGGCCUCCGGAGUCUGUCCCCGUCCCUCGUGCCUCUGUCCACCCAGCCCUGCCUCCUGGAGGAGCCCGAGAGCUUCUGAGGGUCCCGCGAGGGCUUUGACAUAAAAAAAAAUAAUAAAAAAAAAUGUAAGAAAGGGAAAGCCCGCCGCCUCUAUGGAAUCCGAACAAACAUUCACUCCGAAACGCCCCUUCUGCUUCAUUUGGAAAAAAAAAAAAAUUUCAAAAAGAAAAAAAAAAUGCUUUCAGCAUGCCAGCUAAGCUCCUCCCCAGACGACCCCGACCCCAGAGUCUGGCGGGGCAACGCUCGGGCGCCAGCGGCCAACGUCUCAUCGCUUUCCUUUUCCUUCAGUGCUGGUUACGUUCCUGUUUUCUUGGGGGUGGCGGGGGAAGGAAAAAGGGCGGGAAAAAAAAGGACCGACUGUUUCAUCGUAUUAUACCAUGGCGCCUUUCCACGGACAUAUCUCUUUUUCUAUCUGUAGUUACUUCUCUUGAUAUAUAAAAAAUAUGCCUUCCAUUAUUUAAAGAAAAAAAAAAGAAAAAAAGGGGGCCGCCGGUUCCCGUGACGACCAAGAGUUUGGAGGCUAAUUCAAUGGUGCUGCCAGAAAUACAACGUAGCAAAACUUGAAACGGUCGCGGAUAUUGAGAGAAGUUUAAAAAAUAAGUUUAAAAAAUGUGCCUGGUACUUCAGACCGCUCUGUUUCGCCGAGCCGCCGUAGCGCCCCGAUCGUGUGUGUUUCUCUAGCAUGACGCACACCAUGUCGCCAAGACAACGGCCAUUGGGAUAUCGGGCGGGGGCGAGGAAGUGAAGCGGUCCGUAGAACAAUCCGUACCAAGACCACCUGUGACCUGAAGCCAGACGUCCGUCCGGUGCUGGAACAAGCCGGUGCCUCCGACGUGCUAACCGGUAGCAGCGAGCCUUUUUACCUUAUUUAUCCCCAAACUUCUCCUCGCGUUUCCGUAAUGCUGAUUUUAAUUUUUUCUACCGUGUAGCUCUGAAAGUGUCGUGUAUAGUGAUAGACCCUCUCUUGGCCCCCCGAGCACGCAGAGGUCCCAAAUACACCGACGGCCACGUGGGAACACACGUCUCCGACCCCAAAGACCUGGCAAAUGUGUUUGAAAUCAAAUGAUUUCUCAUAAUCCUGAAGCUGCAGUUGUCAAUAUCCAACCUGAAGAAUUAGUCAAAGUCUUGUGUGCAACGUCCCACACAGAACCAUCACUGGACUUUUUCUUUUCUUUCUGCCGUCCCAGUGAACCCCCUCCAUCAUGUACCGCAAAGGAU